UAUGUCAAAUGUGACGUUAAAUAAUGAAGUGAUUGUUGUUAUCAGAAAAAUAGCAAAAUAAGCAACAAAGUGUAGAUAAAACUGCUAACAAUUUUGGAUUGACAGUGAAAUUACCAAUUAAUUCUUUCGUGUAGAUCAUAGAAAAUGUUAUCAUCACUUAUAAAAGAACAUCAAUCUAAGCAAGCUGCAAAAAGAGUUGUACAAGAACAAAAACGUAAAGAAUGUAUAGCAGCAGCAAAUGAGCUUACUCAAGCACUUGUAGACCACCUCAAUGUUGGUGUUGCACAAGCAUAUCUAAAUCAAAAGAAAUUGGAUGCAGAAGCCAAACUGCUACAUCAAGGUGCAAUGAACUUUGCUAAGCAAACACAACAGUGGCUUGCGUUGGUGGAAAAUUUCAGUAGUGCACUCAAAGAAAUAGGAGAUGUAGAAAAUUGGGCCCGUAGCAUUGAAAAUGAUAUGAAAAUAAUCACAGACACAUUGGAAAGAGCUUAUGUUACUACACAACAAUCUGGCAGUCAGUAAUUUUAUUUAUAUGUAAGGAGAAAUUAAUAAAUUAAACAAAAGCAUUGCUUAA